UCCACUACUACAAACACAUUAUGAAAUUUUGGGACUCCAACGAAAUUGUUCUCCAAAGCAAAUAAGGGAUGCUUUUGUUGCAAUAUCAAAAAAGGUUCAUCCAGAUGUAAACAAAGAUGACCCAGAUUGUCACAAGUCUUUUCUCAAAUUAAAUGAAGCUUAUUCUGUACUUUCAAAGCCUUACAAAAGACAAUUGUAUGAUGCUAGUCUUGUGAGUAGGACAUAUGGGACAAUGCAGAACCAAUUCCAGUUCAUGGGUAGAAACUAAUGCUCCAUUUGGAAAAGUCAAUGAAUGGAGAGAUGAAACUCUCUGGGAAUCAAGGGACAAAUCCAAGGACAAAUAUUACAGUGACAAACCUUAUUAUGGGAUAAAAGGUGUACAAAGAAUAUCUAACAAGUACAUUGCUGCUGGAUGUGUAGUGUUUAUGCUAGCUGGAGCAGCUUUUCAUUUUGUUGUUGUUAAGCAAUCUUCAGCCAAAGCCUUGGAGGUGCUCAAUCAGGUUGAUCAAGAAAGCACUAAUUGGUAUUUAGAAACCAGAAGAAAAGCUCGUGCAAGUUCCACAAGUGAACAAAUCGAACGGCUAUCUAAGGAAUGGGAAGCGAACGACAAAUUGAAAAAAUAUAUGCGAGUUUCGAACAUUUCCUGUCGUGUUUUUAACUGCCAUGUCGAUAAGCUGUUCGUGUUGUAGAAAACGAACCUCAUUUUCCGGAUGCGCAGCCAGGAAGGUGCGUUUACAGGUGAUGGUGGCGUCAAGCAUUAUUACCAUAUGCUUUUAGCCCUUGAAGGUGAUAAUGCGCAGUCCACGGCAAAAUUUCGCCGUGAACAUAACUCGCGCCUUCAGUCGCAGAAGACGCCAACUCCACAGAGAUCC